GAAAAAACUAGUGCCGGCCAAAACUUGCAGAACGGGAUGGGAAGGAUGAGUGGGCCUAAAAAGCCUCUGGAAUCAAUCACUAAACCCACCACACAAACAGCAACUUCGUCAGGUAAACCGGCAUUGAAUUCGGCUCAGUCGAAGCUGACGCCCAAACCAUCCAAGGCCAAAAAGGCCCCCAAAUCUGAAAAUCAGCCAGGUGGCGAGAAACGGAAACGAGACAGCGUGACCAAAAUUUCCAGAGCACUGAGCUCGUCUCAACCCAAUCUCAGCCAUGGACUCGGGGCCAAUCAGCGUGAUCAUAGGAAGUCCUCCAAUGCUUCAGCAACCUCAUCGGGUCGAACUAGCGCCAAUUCCACUCACAAGAAAAAACCAAGAACCAAGACUAAUGGGAAGCGGGCUCAACCGUCAACCAAAAAGACUGACCUGAUCAGUGGGAAGGAACACCCCGAUCUCAAACCCAAAAGGACAUUUGGCCCGGACAAUAGAUCCCCCAUAUUCUCGUUAGACAUCAAGACUCAAAACACCCGGCUAGUGACAACACGUCAACGGCAAGAAAUCUAUGCUUUGAACCGACUCAUGACCACCUUGGAGAAUGAGCGAUUUAAGACCAUGGUCUUGGAAAAGGCCCCUCGAUCUGACACCAAAAGGCCAACAGGCCCGCUGGACGAUGUAUUUUUGUAAGCCACCACCACUGAGAGUAAUACAGAUAUUCAUACUGUA